UUUUUNCUUCCUUCUAUAUUCUUAGAUCUGAUGCUUCGGCUCAUCGUUUUUCUCGUUUGUAACGAUGCUUUCUUCUUCUCAUACUUUGAAUCUUCGUCUCCACGAUCACCACCGUCGUUCAAGGCUCUUCCGAUGGCAGUCGUGGUUCGACAAUCCCGUAGCUACAAGGAAUUCCACCAGUUUUUCGAUGGCGCGUUUCUAUACAGAUUUGUAUUACGGCGUCAAGCUAAGAACAUUGACGGUUCAUAAGACUCGGCACUAUCAACCACGUUGCAUUACUGAAGUUAGAGCCUUCGAUCAGGAUUCAUUUGAUUUUGGCAUACCCUCGCUUGACCACUUCAGUGACAAUGAGGGGACUACUUCUGGAUUUGAGCCUCUAUCCAGUGAUGGCGAUGACAGCGAUUCAGAUAUGAUGCUAAAUCCAGUUUCAGAUAUUGAUUUGCCUACUGUAUCAGUGCAACACGAUGAUGCAUUGACAGUGGCUGCCCACCGGAUGGCAAUGCUCAGUAGAGGACGUCAGAAACACAGGAUCAGACAUGGUCUUUUUACAAAUACAGGGCUGAUAGCUUUCUUGACGGCUCUUCUUCUCUAUGUGGAUUGGUGUGCGUGGCGAACUGUUCGACUCCCUCUAGGGCCAUUUCAUCUUACUGGCCCUUUUUUGAUAUCGGCCUUUUUAGCCGCAUGUGCAGGCUAUAUUUUUGUUCCAGUACUCUAUCAGCUUAAGGUUUACCAAAUUACGAGGCAAGAAAGACCUGUUAGACACGCGUUAAAGAGAAAGACGCCUACUAUGGGUGGAUUGUUUUUUGUGCCAAUUGGUAUAGCUGUUGCUAAACACUUUACUGGUUUUUCUUCCGCUGAAGUUUCUGGAGCAUCACUGGCAACUUUAGCAUUUUUUGCUAUUGGAAUGGUAGAUGAUAUCUUAAGCUUAAUCAGGACUCACAAGUGUGGUUUGAGUGCGUGGAUCAAAAUUUUUCUGCAGGCAGCUGUUGGAAUGUGGUUUUCUUUUUGGCUCCAAGAUGCAAGUAUAUCAUCUCCUUACAGCAUGAAAAUGUUGAUUCCUAUGCCUGCACCUCUUGGCCUUGUAUUCCUUGGAAAAUGCUACAUGUGGUUGACUUCGUUUUGUUUUGUUUCCAUGGGAUAUGGAAUAAACCAGACGGAUGGUCUUGAUGGACUUGCUGGCGGGACUGCUGCAUUGGCCUUCAUUGGGAUGGCUAUUGCGGUGCUUCCAAUAUCUUCUGACCUUUCCAUAUUUGGAGCAUCAAUGUCUGGAGCUUGUGUUGGUUUUCUUUUGCACAACCGAUUUAAGGCCUCUGUAUUUAUGGGUGAUACUGGAUCCUUUGCACUCGGUGGAGCAUUAGCUGCAAUGGCUGCCUGCAGUGGAAUGUUUUUCCCACUAUUCAUCUCUUCACUAGUUUUUGUAUUAGAAACAUCAUCAGUUAUCUUGCAGGCGGUAUACUUCAAGAUGACAAAAAAGUUCCAUGGAGCUGGGCGUCGCAUUUUCCAAAUGGUGCCAUUUCAUCAUCACCUGGAGUUAUGUGGCAUCAAAGAACCAUUCAUUGUUGCUGGGGCGUAUACAGUAUCGUCCAUCUUGGCACUGGUCGCAGGUUAUGUUGGCCUUAUUUCAGCCUAGUUUUUCAAGUUAAACAUAUGGAAUGGAAGAAUUAAACUUUUUACCUCUUCGUUAAGAGCAUAUGUCUUUAACAAGGUUUGUUUAGGUUGCUCUUAACACUAUGAUUAACACCCAAUUUUGUAGUUAUAAAAGAUUCAAAUUAUAUACUCUUUUAUAAGAACAAAUUAAAUCAAAUCGUUUGCUUAGAAGAGUUGGGUUAUAUGU